GGACGGAGGAGUUUUGUGUGUUUAUGUGUAUUACGCGUUGCCUGUAAUGGGUAAAAGUGGACAGAGAAGUGGAAUAGUACUCGGGGGUUCGAGCCUGGUGAGAAUGAGCGCCACGCCGAGGAUCCUGAUUGUCCUGGUGCUAAUACACACAGGAGUCGCUCAAGUGAGAGAUGAUGACGAUUUCCUCAGUCUGAGUGAGCUCCCAGAAACCUUCCCUUCUGACCCACCGGAACCCUUACCUCACUUCCUAUUUGAACCUGAAGAAGGCUACAUUGUCAAGAAUAAACCCGUCAAUCUGUACUGCAAAGCAACACCUGCCACACAGAUUUACUUUAAGUGCAACAGCGAGUGGGUCCAUCAGAAGGACCACACUGUGGAGGAGAGGGUUGAUGAAAACUCAGGUCUGGUGGUAAGAGAAGCCAGUAUAGAAAUAACACGGCAGCAAGUCGAGGAGCUGUUUGGUCCUGAAGAUUACUGGUGCCAGUGCGUGGCCUGGAGCUCUGCUGGAACCACCAAAAGUCGCAAGGCACACGUCCGCAUUGCAUACCUGAAGAAGUCAUUUGAACAAGAACCCCUGGGAAAAGAAGUGUCUCUGGAGCAGGAAGUGCUGUUACAGUGUCGCCCUCCGGAGGGCAUCCCAGCUGCUGAGGUGGAGUGGUUAAAGAAUGAAGAGAUAAUUGACCCGGCGGAGGACAGAAACUUCUAUAUCACUAUUGACCACAAUCUGAUCAUCAAACAGGCGCGUCUCUCUGACACAGCCAACUACACGUGUGUGGCUAAGAACAUAGUGGCCAAAAGACGAAGUACUACAGCGACUGUUAUUGUUUAUGUGAAUGGUGGCUGGUCGACAUGGACAGAGUGGUCUCCGUGUAACAGCCGUUGUGGAAGAGGUUUCCAGAAAAGAACCAGGAGCUGCACUAACCCUGCCCCUCUCAAUGGAGGAUUGCCUUGUGAUGGACAGGCUAUACACAAAUUGCCCUGCACCACACUAUGCACUGUGGAUGGUGUCUGGACAGAAUGGAGCAAGUGGUCAGCCUGUGGAACAGAGUGUACACAGUGGAGGAGGAGGGAGUGCAAUCCAGCUCCCAAAAACGGCGGAAAGGACUGUGAGGGUCUCGUACUCCAGUCUCAAAACUGUACUGAUGGACUCUGUAUGCAAAGUUCAUUGUUUCAGAAGUCCACUGAGCCCAAAGAAAAGAGUGAAUUGGGAAUUCCAUCUGCCCCGAGUACAGAUGACGUGGCACUCUAUGUGGGCAUUGUGAUCGCAGUGAUUAUGUGUCUGGUCAUCUCUGUCAUCGUGGCACUUUUUGUCUAUCGCAAGACGCACCGUGACUUUGACUCGGACAUCAUUGACACGUCGGCACUAAAUGGAGGCUUCCAGUCUGUUAAUAUCAAAACAGCCAGAUCAGCUGAUCUUCUGACAGCUCCUCCUGACUUGACAAAUGCAGCUGCCAUGUAUCGUGGUCCAGUGUAUGCUCUUCACGAUGUAUCAGACAAAAUUCCAAUGACCAACUCUCCUCUCCUGGAUCCUCUUCCCAACUUGAAGAUCAAAGUGUACAACUCUUCUGGACUGGUCACACCGCAGGAUGAUCUCGGAGGGGACUUCACAUCUAAACUGUCUCCUAAGGUAACUCACUCUCUGUUGGAUAACAGUGACACCAUGAACCUUCGCAAUCAGAGCUUGGCCCGAACACGAGAUCCUUCCUGUACUGCUCACGGAUCCUUCAACAGCCAGGGAGGACACCUUAUUGUUCCCAACUCCGGAGUCAGUUUGUUGGUUCCAGCGGGUGCUGUUCCUCAGGGCAGGGUGUAUGAAAUGUAUGUGACUGUGCACAGGAAGGAUAGCUUGAGACCCCCAGUAGAGGACAUCCAGACAGUUCUUAGCCCAGUGGUGAGCUGUGGACCUCCAGGAGCCCUGCUGACCAGACCAGUGAUCCUCACCAUCCACCACUGCGCUGACAAUGUCCAGGAAGACUGGCUUAUCCAGCUGAAGAAUCAACUGGCCAUGGGAGAAUGGGAGGAUGUGGUCGUAGUGGGAGAGGAAAACUUCACCACCCCCUGCUACGUGCAGAUGGACUCAGAGGCAUGCCACAUUCUGACAGAGACACUGGGGACUUACUGCCUGGUGGGCCAGUCAAUUGGCAAAGCAGCUGCCAAGAGGCUCAAGCUGGCUGUUUUUGGGCCCGUUUCCUGCACAACUUUGGACUAUCACAUCAGGGUCUAUUGUCUGGAUGAUACUCAAGACGCACUCAAGGAGGUUCUUCAGAUGGAGACCCAGAUGGGAGGAAGGCUUCUGGAUGAGCCAAAGACGCUGAACUUUAAAGACAGCACACAUAAUCUGAGACUGUCGAUCCAUGACGUGCCCCACACACAUUGGAAGAGCAAACUCAUUGCGAAAUAUCAGGAGAUCCCAUUCUACCAGGUGUGGAGUGGCAGUCAGAGAACUCUUCACUGUACCUUCACUCUGGAGAGACUGAGCCCAGCCACCACAGAAAUCAGCUGCAAACUGUGUGUACGGCAGGUAGAAGGAGAAGGACAGAUCUUUCAGCUCAGCAACACAUUAGAGGAGGAGGUCCAUUGUAUAGACACGUCCCUGAUGGACCCUGCCAGCAAUAUUACAACUUUAGUGGGGCCCAAUGCCUUUCGGAUUCCUUUAUCCAUCAGACAGAAGUUGUGUGGAAGUCUGGAUGCACCACAGACCAGGGGCAAUGACUGGAGGAUGCUGGCCCACAAACUCAACCUUGACAGGUACCUGAACUACUUUGCCACUAAGUCCAGUCCAACAGGCGUAAUCCUGGAUCUCUGGGAGGCCCAACAUUUCCCUGACGGAGACCUAAAUGAACUGGCAACUGUGCUGGAAGAAAUGGGUCGCCACGACAGUAGCCUCGCCUCCAUGACAACGGAACAUUGAUGAAGCACUGUAGUUACCAUGACAAUGACAGAGCUCUGGAGACGAUUACAUGUGAAGUCUCGAUGGUUGAUAUUGCAGCGAGGGCAACAAACCAAUUAGAUGUGAGCAACAGAAAAGUCGCCACCAUGGUGACUGAGCACCGGUUAAAUACCAUGGUAAUCAUGCCGACAUGGUAACAGAUAGGAGAGGAGCUUUAACUGGUGCCGGAACUAUCUAUGUAUCUUUGUAUGUGUAUUUGCGAGAUGUUGCAGUGCCGUGUGUGACCGAAGGAGAGAUAACCCUACGCAACUGUCAGGAACAAAGAAAAACAUACACACGCCUAAAAAAAAAAAAGACCUUGUCUAUAGUAACACCAGUUGUUCUCUUGUUGUUACUUUAUUACUGAACAAGGAGAAGCAAAGAACAAGAAGAAGCAGAGCGGUACUGACCUUGAAAACCUCUGUAGGAAUGGAAACGAAUCAUAAAGGGAGAGAAGGUAAACUGAUUACAAAAGAGUGGGAGAAGGUAGAGUGAGGAAACGGAGAGAGUGAGUUAGAGACUCUUAAGAAAGAUGGGAGCAAACACAGAGCGAAGCUAAACUGAUUACAGAAGAGAGGGAGGACAUAAACAUAAAAUGAUGGAAGCGACGGCAGGUGAUCAUCUGAAUGGA